AACGUCAGUAAUACACCGGGACAUUUUACACGUUGUGCCAAAACGUCAGUAAAGAUGUUUACGAGAAUGGCGUCCACCACUCAUACUGUGUGGGUUACCACCGGAGACAAGAAAAAUGCUGGGACGGAUGCAAAUGUAUCUGUUCGAUUCCAUGGUGGAGAAGGAAAAGCGAGCACUGACGUCAUCACCUUGGAUAACUUCUUCAGAAACGACUUUGAAAGAGGACAAAAGGACACAUUUUCGGUGACCGCGACUGUAGUUGAGAACAUCGACAACAUUGAGCUGUGGCGAGAUUCUGCUGGUCUGAAAGACGAAUGGUUCCUGAAUAUAGUUGAAGUGUUGUGCAGAACAUCCGGGCGAAAGUACAUUUUCCCCAUCUACCGAUGGAUCAAAGCGGAUUACCACUAUCGCAUACGUCAUCUUGAUACGUCACUUCCGUCUGACACUGAUCCAUUCAAAGAACAACGCGAGAUGGAACUUGCAGAAAUGAAGAAAUUGUAUGAAAUCGAAGCGCAGGCUCCAGGACUUCCCGGGCAGGUGAAAAAUCUACCUGAGGAUGAAAACUUUUCUGAGGAUUAUAAAUGGGACAUUACAAGCAAGAAAUUAUCUCUGAAACUGACUUCGAAGAUACAGGAAUACUUCACUGGUACAUGGAAAAAUCUUGAAGACCUCACAAAUGUUUACACCAAGGAAAGUCUCUUUAUACCCGACAGCGCAGCCCACUGGCGGGAGGAUGAAUAUUUUGGAAGUCAGAGACUGACGAAGGUCAACCACUCCGUCAUACGUCUCUGUACGUCGAUCCCAGCAAAUUUGGCAGUAACUGACGACAUGGUCAAGUCAAUCAUUGAGGACCUCACUCUUCAGCAAGCAAUGGAUGCCAAGCGUCUCUUCUACAUCGACUACAAGGUUCUUGAAGGCGUACCAUGUUCAGGCGGCAGAAUGAUCUGUGCUCCAAUCGGGCUGUUUUUUGUCAACAAAGAAGGAAAGUUGAUGCCAAUUGCCAUACAGUUGAAACAGAAACCAGGAAAGGACAACCCGGUGUUUUUACCUACAGACCCAGAAUACACCUGGCUAACAGCCAAACUAUGGUUUAACAAUGCUGACUGUUCCUAUCACCAGGCUUUCACUCAUCUUGGUUCCACACACUUGAUGAUGGAAGGUGUGACAGUGGUAACAAACCGAAACUUGUCCAAAUCACAUCCAGUCUUUAAGCUCCUCGCUCCACACUCACUUUACCUGCUGGCUAUUAACACACGAGCGCUCGGGAAGCUUGUAAGCCCCGGAGGCUGGGUGGACAAAGCGAUGUCAAUCGGUCGUCUUGGGAUGUUUGAAAUUGUCAGGAGAGGAGCAUGCGCAUGGAGAAUGGAUGUUCAAGGAGCCUUGCGGAAAGACCUUGAAAACAGAGGCGUUUUGGAUGAAAACGUUUUACCUGGGUACUACUAUCGGGAGGAUGCCUUACCACUUUACGACAUCAUCAAGAAAUAUGUCAGCAAUUAUUUAGCACUUUAUUACGAUUCACCACAAAAGGUACAGGGUGACAAGGAAAUCAAAGACUGGGGCCACGAGCUCGUGAAACCGAUACCGGAUGGAGGAUGUGGACUUAAGGGUGUACCGGGAGAUGGCAAGUUCGAGACUGUAGAUCAGCUCACCGUAUGCUUGACCAGCGUCAUUUUUACCUGCAGCGUCGCUCAUGCUGCGACAAAUUUCGCUCAGUAUGACCAAUAUGGCUUCCCCCCGGCCUACCCAGCCUCAAUGAACGGCAAACCCCCCACGGACAAGUCGCCUUUGACAGAAGAAUGUGUUAUGGAUGCCUUGCCGGAUAAAGCUACCACACUUGACACCAUGAUCAUAACCAAGAUUCUCAGCGACAAGGGAACCAACAGCCUUGGCGACUUUGAGGUCAACUAUGUAUUUGACCCUGCAGCUCUUGCAGUUGUUGAAGAAUUUCGACACGACCUAAAAAAGUUAUCUCUGGUAAUCAAAGAAAAGAAUAACAAGCGAAACCCACGUUACCCUUGGUUAGAUCCGGAGGAGGUUCCGAACUCCAUUAGUAUCUAAAAUAUGACUCUGGAAAGGGUUACAUUCAUUAUCAAGUGUCCUUAUAAUAUAACUGAAGUUUUAUUAUGUAUCAAUUAUCUCAUGCAAAAUGACAAUUAGGUAAGAUAGUUUACGUGUGUGUGUGUGUCAUCAAAGGUGAACAUGUUUGUAAAAAAUAAACUAUUUAAUUGUGAACAUGUUUGUAAAAAUAAACUGUUUAAUUGUAAGUAUGACGACAUCAUACAUUUGUAUGUACACACUUUUGUUCCAACUGAAGAAAAGUCUGUAUUGGUGAAUGUAACUUGUACUGCUUUUCAUAUUGCGUUACAAUCUAUAAAUCUAUCAUCGAAUAACAUAAGUUGUUAAUUCUCUGUAUCAAUAUUACAAAGUUUCUCUCUUUUUUGUUAUUUGAUAUUGAUGAUACAUAUAUAUAUAUAUAUACGUGUACAUUGUAUUGGAAAACACAGUUCAGUUUACUAGAUACCCAACCGUUGAAGUGACAGGGUGUUUUAAGUUAUUAAUAUUCUGUGCUUUAUGUGUAUGAUUUCAUUUGAAUAACACCUGCUGUAAGUGCCAUAUACAACAUUGUCAGCCUUACAUAUCAAAUCAUAAUUAGAGUCUUUAAAUGUUUUAAAAACGAGAUAUUUUAUAAAAUAAUGAUAUUAUUGACGAAAAAAUAGAAAACCCAAUGAUGACCUAAUUACAAUUUUGAGAUUCAAUAUGAACAUAAGAUGAAAGCGCGUUUGAAAAAUCAUUUGUCAUUUCAAAAUGAAAUUGUUAAAAUCAAUUCUAGACAAAUUAACCCCGCUUAAAAGUAUCAAAAUACCUGGAUACUAUCUAAUGGACAAUAUGUCUUUGGUGUUCAGUUUUCUCACAAACAGCACUCUUGUUUAUUCUUAAGCCAUUUUAUAUUUGUGAUUAUCCAUAUGAUUAACGAAAAUAAAUGCUUUGCAAAGUG